AUUUUCUUCACUUCUUCACAGGAAAUGCAUUAUCGACAAGAAUACAAAGAUAGGGAAAGAUGUACAGGUUAUGAAUAAAGAUGAUGUUCAAGAGGCAGAUAGGCCUGAGCAAGGAUUCUAUAUCCGGUCUGGAAUCACUGUCAUUCUGGAAAAGGCAACAAUAGAAGAUGGCACGAUUAUAUAAACCAAUCUUCAAAUGUCACCACGGGUACAGAAACGGAAACCUGAGGAGGCUACAUGAGGAAGCAGUAACUAGCCAUGGAGAAGCUCUGAGAUUGCUUAUGCAGAACUUUGUCCCGGAAGAACCAGCUGCAUCACAAUCUCUUCUUGUAUAUUAGAAGUUCCUUCUGUUCUGCACAUGUAGAAGUAGAGCCAGUAUCAAUAGAAGCUAGAAGUUUAAGUUCCCAAAUAAACAGCGAGCCUAUCUUUUGACUGCUCCCUUUAAGUUAAAAGAUUAGCGCGUCUACAGGAUUAGCUUGCCAAUGCUUGUACUUCAAACUCUUUUAAAGUCCAUGAAUAAUAUAGUCUCUUUUGUAAA